AUGUUUCUUAAUGCCUUGACGCCCAAAUUUUAUGUUGCUUUAACUGGAACCAGCUCAUUUCUAUCAGGAGUUAUAUUGAUAUUUGAAUGGUGGUAUUUCAAAAAAUACGGCACCUCCUUUAUUGAACAGAUAUCCCUUACCCAUAUUUAUCCUUUAUUGGGAGGAAGUGAUGAGGAUAAUGAUUGCGAUAGCAUAGAAUCUAAUGGUGUCCAUAAUGGUCCUCAAGAUUGUAAGGUGUCAAGAAAUCCCUAUAGCCUUUUUCGAGGCGCAGAGUAUCAGAGAGCUGUAAAGGAGUUCGGACAAGAUCCACUCACUUACUAUGACAUGAAUUUAUCUGCUCAGGACCACCAGACUUUUUUCACAUGUGAGGCGGAUGCUGGAAAACCUGAAUACGAAAUAAUGCAAAUGGCUUGGCGCGAACGCAAUCCUGAGGAGCGUAUCAAAAAGGCCAGAGAAGCUCUUGCUAAAAAUCCUGAAUGUGUCACAGCAAUGAUUCUUUUAGCCGAGGAAGAGUGUUCCAGUAUCGUCGAGGUGGAAAAGUUGUUCAAACAGGCCUACAAAAUCUCAGAGACUUCGCUUCGAAAAUCCCAACAAUCUCAUUCGCAUAAUCCCAUCCAGGAUGCUAUUUAUCUCCGUGAUAUUCAUGCUUUUAUUUUUAUCAGAAGACGUCUAGCAAUGUGUGCAAGAAAAUUGGGAAAAUUGAGGGAGGCUAUUAAAAUCAUGCGAGAGUUGAUUCGAGAAUAUCCUAAUCUGAAUCUCUUCAAUAUUCAUGAAAAUCUCAUCGAGUGUUAUUUGGCAGCCCAACAGUAUGCCGACGCACAAGCAUUUCUCACCAAGUAUGAUGACAUUUUAUAUCCCAAGUCCGCCACAAUUUGCUACACAGCUGCUCUUCUCAAGGCUCGUCAGGUUGCGGAAAAAUUCUCACCAGAUAUUGCAUCCAAGCGCGGUCUGAACAACGCAGAGUUGAGUGCUGUUGAGGCCAUUCAUCGUGCUGUGGAGUUUAACCCACAUGUUCCUCGAUACCUGCUGGAGAUGAAGCCACUGAUUUUGCCAACGGAGCAUAUUCUGAAGAGAGGUGAUUCGGAGGCAUUAGCGUACAGUUUCUUCCAUCUGGGUCACUGGAAGGCCGUGGAGGGUGCGUUGAACCUGCUGCACUGCACAUGGGAGGGCACCUUCCGUCUCAUCCCCUAUCCCCUCGAAAAGGGCAAUCUUUUCCAUCCUUAUCCCCACUCUACCGAAUCCACCGACAGGGAACUCCUGCCCAGUUUCCACAAUGUGUCGGUGUAUCCCAAGAAGGACGUGCCCUUCUUCAUAAUCUUCACGGCCGUGCUGUGUUCUCUCACCGCGAUACUGGCCUUCCUCACCCAUGUUUAUCCCGAGCAAGUGGGCUCUUUCUCUAGUCAAGCAUUGCAUUGGUUUCUCAGUCCGGUUUCAUAUCUCUCCGAAAGACUGGUUGGAGCACUAAGUGCUUUCGCACCGCUCGUUGUUCGGCGGGCCUAG